AUGGGCAAAGAAGUUCUUUCUACCGUUGUAGAAGAAGUCAAGUUGUUGAUUCACUAUUCCGUAUCCGUUGAUUCCACCCCAGAUGUAACGCACGUUAAUCAACUUGCAGUAACAAUCCGGUACGUUAAAUUCACCGGUCCUGUCGAGCGAUUCCUGACAAUUCUACCCAUGUAUGGUCAUACUGGAGCCCAAAUUGCCGAUUAUUUGCUGAAGUUUCUGGCCGGGCAAGGUAUUCCAAUUGAACUAUGUCGUGGACAGUCGUACGACAAUGCGUCGAACAUGAGCGGAAAGUACAAAGGAGUGCAAGCUGUUGUUCGAGCAAGUUCACCAUAUGCCGCGUAUGUUCCUUGUUCUGCCCACUCGCUAAAUCUGGUGGGAAAACAUGUAGCAGAGGCCUGUUCAGACGGCAGUGAAAUGUUUAACCUGAUCCAGAGUCUCUACAAUUUUUUUUCGGGAUCCACUCAUCGCUGGACAAUUCUGAAGAAUAAUCUUGAGGGACUGCCUGUCGAUAAAUCUUUGUCUGAGACACGCCGGUCAGCAACGAGGUGA